AUGAGCAACGAAUAUGAUUAUCUGUUUAAGCUUUUGCUAAUCGGAGACUCCUCUGUUGGGAAAUCGUGUCUGCUUCUCAGGUUUGCUGAUGACUCUUAUGUAGACAGCUAUAUCAGUACCAUUGGUGUUGAUUUUAAAAUCAGAACUGUGGAGCAAGAUGGGAAGACAAUCAAGCUGCAGAUUUGGGAUACAGCUGGACAGGAGCGAUUUCGGACCAUAACAAGCAGUUAUUAUCGAGGAGCACAUGGGAUAAUUGUGAGAGAUUCUCCUAUUAUAGUCUAUGAUGUAACUGAGAUGGAGAGCUUCAACAAUGUCAAGCAAUGGUUGAAUGAGAUUGAUAGAUAUGCAAAUGAUAGUGUCUGCAAACUUUUAGUUGGGAAUAAGUGUGAUCUAGUUGAGAACAAGGUUGUGGACACACAAACAGCGAAGGCAUUUGCAGAUGAGCUUGGCAUUCCUUUCCUAGAGACAAGUGCUAAAGACUCGAUAAAUGUGGAGCAGGCAUUCUUAACCAUGGCUGCCGAAAUUAAGAAAAAAAUGGGUAGCCAGCCAACUUCUAACAAGUCUACAGGAACUGUUCAGAUGAAGGGGCAGCCGAUUGAGCAGAAAAACAACUGUUGUGGUUAG